GGGAGAGUGAGGCCCGCCAGUCUGGCAGUGUCCAGCGUCGGUGACAAUAGGCAGGGAGUUGAUGACUAUAAAAGCUAUGGAGCUCCACCGCUUUUCUACCUAUACUCUUCUCGCACUCCUGGUCUUCUCUAUGCCAGCCGGAGCAGAAGAAGCGUCGGCCGGAGAGUGCUGCUACGGGGACGCCAGGGUGAAGCACGGCCAGGUGCUGCUCUCCCUCCCCAGCUGCUGCACCUCCCUAGUCUGCCAGAAUGGCCUGAUUCAGCGCCAGCACGUAGGAAAGCCGGGUGAUAAGAGCUGCUGCGAGUUUGAUGGGUUGAUGUACCCGGACGGCGCUACACUGCUGGCACAGUGCAUCCCUCUACGGUGCCUCUCGGGCGUCUGGACCCCGACACCAACCAUAGAAGACUGCUGUAGACAUUGUUACCUGUAUAAUGACCCACAUAUAAAGACCUUCGAUGACUAUAACUACGACUGGCACGGCAUCUGCAACUAUUCUCUUGCCCAGAGUGACUUCACUUACGCUCCAGAAGUGGGCGUGUUUAGCGACUUCAAUCAAUGCAAUAAUCAAGCUUCCUGCCUCUCCCGCACAACGUUCAGGGACAACCCCAACACCAUUAUCACACUUGACAGUGGAUCUGUGUUUGUGAUUAUCGUGAACGGAGAGCAGUAUACAGUCCCAGCCAGUGGUGCGCAUCCAGUGCAGUCUUCGGCAGGUCCGCACCCAGUGCUGGCCUGGCGGGACGCAGGCUGCAUCUACCUCCUGGGGUCCUCAAAGAUCGUACUGCAGCACUGUCUGCACCGGCUGGACGUGUGGGCGUACCCCAGCCACACUAAUCACCUGGACGGGCUCUGUGGCCACUACAACUUCUACAGGGACGAUGAUUUCACGGAUAGAAACGACCUCGCCCAUCCUCUACAGUUCUGGCCCUCUGCCUUCCCAGAGUCGUGGCGGACUGAAGACCAGACGGAUCGGAGGUGUUACAAAUGUCCCGGAUGCGAGACGGAAACGGCAAUAAACCCAUGCCAGACUCUUGUGCCUCAAGACGUACUAAAGUGCCGCCAGUUGCUCCACCCCAUCAUUGGCAGAGACCAGCAGCUAGUUUCGCACACAGAAACGUGUGCAUGGGACCUGUGCAUGAUGAGGGGUCGCGGAGCCACGGAGAGGAAGUUGGCGGCCUGGCUAGUGGAGGUGCAAGUCCUCCUCCAGCAGGUGAAGGUAAUCCUCGCCAGGACACUAGACUCGUGGGCGCCAAUCCCAGAGCCAGCUAACAUGACCUGUGUCCCCGGGUCGUACUGGCUUAGGGACUGCAAUCGCUGCAACUGCACGGAGUCUGGCAGAGCGCUGUGCACAGAGAUGUUUUGCAAAACUGAUUAUGUGCUGGAACUUGGUAGUGACGCCUGCACGGACGGCUCCAGGUGGACCAAGGAUGCUUGCAACUGGUGCGUGUGUGUGCGGGGAGGAGCAGUCUGCACCUUUCAUCCCUGUGAUGUCGCCUACAUCCCAAUGUCUACCUCUUCUGCCUAUGCUAUGCCCACGUACACCACCCCGGUCUAUACCACUCCAUCCUCUACAGCGAUAUACUAUACGAGGGAAUACACUACCCCGGUCUAUACAACUCCGUCCUCUACAAAGACUCGCAAUACUACGGAAUACACCAUCCCAGUCUAUACCACUCGAUCCUCUACAGUGAUGCACUAUACGACAGAAUACACCAUCCCAAGCUAUACCACUCGAUCCUCUACAGUGAUGCACUAUACGACAGAAUACACCAUCCCAAGCUAUACCACUCGGUCCUCUACAGCGACUAAUUAUACUACGGAAUACACCAUCCCAAGCUAUACCUCUCGGUCCUCUACAGGGACGCACCACACUACGGAAUACACCAUCCCAGGCUAUACCACUCAAUCCUCUACAACGACGCACUAUACGACAGAAUACACCAUCCCAGGCUAUACCUCUCGGUCCUCUACAACGACGCACUAUACGACAGAAUACACCAUCCCAAGCUAUACCACUCAAUCCUCUACAACGACGCACUAUACGACAGAAUACACCAUCCCAGGCUAUACCACUCGGUCCUCUACAGCGACGCACUAUACUACAGAAUACACCAUCCCAGGCUAUACCACUCAAUCCUCUACAGUGAUGCACUAUACGACAGAAUACACCAUCCCAGGCUAUACCACUCGGUCCUCUACAGCGAUGCACUAUACGACAGAAUACACCAUCCCAAGCUAUACCACUCAAUCCUCUACAGGGACGCACCACACUACGGAAUACACCAUCCCAGGCUAUACCACUCGAUCCUCUACAGUGAUGCACUAUACUACAGAAUACACCCUCCCAGGCUAUACCACUCGGUCCUCUACAGUGAUGCACUAUACGACUGAAUACACCAUCCCAAGCUAUACCACUCGAUCCUCUACAGUGAUGCACUAUACUACGGAAUACACCAUCCCAGGCUAUACCACUCGGUCCUCUACAACGACGCAUCAUACCACGGUCUACACUUACUAAAAUAAAAACCCAUGUGCACAAUAUUAGAGCCCCGCCACACCAGAAUAGAGAACUUUCCUGUUCUCGCCUUUUGUCAAAACUUCUGCCGACUUCAUAUAAUUGCCGCUGUAGUACGUUGGCUGGUAGAUUCUGAAGUCGACGGGUCCCCACCACUAGCGCGGUGUAAGACUAGCCUAGCUCACAAAUAACUUGUUUAGCCUACUUAUAUUAGGAUCUCUUCUUUAGACGGUAAAGCUGUGCACACGCAAAUAUGGUUUCUGAUCAAUUUUUUUGGCAUCAUUAGGUGUGUUUUCGUGUAUCUGCUUGGUGUCUUCAUUACCUCUGGAAACGGAGAGUUCCACACAAAAGCUGCAGCCUUAACCCUGUGCGGAUAAAGGCCUAGCGUAAUUGGGUAUUUCUACACACGUUUGUAAAGCUUGAUGUAUUUGCUGUUACUAAUAAAGCUCUAAUUUUUUUUUUAAAGAGGAA